AUGAAGUACUCCGUGCCUGUCAUCUUUGCGUUGGCAGCCGCCUCGUUCGCUGCCCCGGACACUGUUCCUCGUGGUGUUAGCUGCGAUGGCGGUGAUCGUGGACAUGAUCGCUACCCAGGCCAUGAUGGCUAUGGACAUGAUGGCAAGAAAUAUGGCGACAAGGGUCGCGGUAAGGGCCAUGAUGAUGAUAGACACGAUGGUCACAGGGGACACGGCGAUCGUGACGGACAUGGUCGCAAGGGACACGGUGAUGUCAGACAUGAUAACUGGAAGGGCCAUGGUGACCACGACAGACAUGACGUCAAGAAGGGCCACGGCGGCAAGAAGUGGUACGAUGACCACGACAGAUAUGAUGUCCAGAAUGGUCAUGGCGGCAAGAAGUGGUGGGAUGAUGACAAGCACAAUGGCCAGAAGGGACAUGGAUAUGAUCCUCACAGAGGCUAUGGUGGUGUGAAGGGACAUGGUGAUAAUGACAGACAUGACGGCCGAAAGGGUCACGGUGACCACGAUUGGCAUGAUGUCAAGGGUCAUGAUGGCAAGAAGGGUCACGGUGACCAUGAAAAGCACAACGGCCAGAAGGGACAUGAUGAUCACGAUGGUCAUAAGGGUCACAACGGCAAGAAAGAUCCCCAUGACAACAAGGGCAAGGAUGGCCAUAAGGGUCACGAUGGUCACAAGGAUCCUCAUGACAACAAAGGCAAGGACGACCACAAGGGACACGACGGCCACAAGGGUCAUGACAACAAGGACAAGGAUGGCCACAAGGGACAUGACGGCAACAAGGGCCACAACGAUCAAGACAAGCACAACGGCCAAAAGGGACACGAUGAUCACAAGGGCCAUGACGAUAACCAUGGAUAUGGCGGCAUCAAGGACUAUAAUGGCAACAAGGGCAAAGACGGUCAGAAGGGACACGAUGGUCAGAAGGGUCAUGAUGGCAAGAAUGGCCACGAUGACAACAAUGGCUAUGGUGGUAACAAGGGCCACGAUGACAACAAUGGCUAUGGUGGUAACAAGGACCAUGAUGGCAAGGGCAAAGAUGACAACAAGGGCAAGGACGGAAACAAGGGCAAAGAUGGCCAGAAGGAUCACGAUGGCCAGAAAGACCAUGAUGGUAACAAGGGCAAGGACGGUAAUAAGGGACAAGACGGAAACAAGGGCAAAGAUGGCCAGAAGGAUCACGAUGGCCAGAAAGACCAUGAUGGUAACAAGGGCAAGGACGGUAAUAAGGGACAAGACGGAAACAAGGGAAAGGAUGGCCAGAAAGACCACGAUGACAACAAGGGCAAGGACGGUAACAAGGGCAAAGAUGGCAAUAAGGACCAUGAUGGCAACAACGGCUAUGGUGGCAACAAGGGACAAGAUGGUAACAGGGGAAAGGACGGCAAUAAGGAUCACGAUGGUAACAAGGGCAAAGAUGGUAACAAUGGCUAUGGCGGCAACAACGGCCACGAUGGUCAGAAGGGUCAAGACGGCAACAAGGGACACGGCGGCGAUAAGGGAUAUGGCGGCCACAACGGAAACGAUGGCAACAAUGGCUACGGCGGUAACAAGGGAUCCGGAGCCCAGAAAUGCCUCUUCCCCACGUUCACCGAUAUCAGCUCCCUCGUCCUUGACGUUGACCUCAACCUACUCGGUCUUGGCAACAUUGACAUCGAUGUUGAUAUUGACAUCACCAAAGUCCAGAAGAAGUACCCCAAGUGCGCCGCUGCAUACUGCUGCCCCAGCCGCUCUCUUUCUGGCAAGCGAGUUCUUUCCUCUUGCACCCGCAAGCACUAA